GUCCCGUGAAACUGGUGGUUACAUCCAUGUCAGGCCAACACGAGGAGCGAUUCAGUGUCUUUCACAUUGUACAAGCUGUGGGAUAUGGAAGCCACCGCUCUGUGCAGCAGGACCAUGUGUGAGGAUCCUUAGCCAGAAGGACAGUAGAAAGGACCACCAGGUCCAGCCUGCAGCAAGCCGUGUGCCCCUAUUGACCCUUGGACUGGGCAGGCUUGGAGCCUUCCUCACUUCCUUGGGAGAGCGGGAGCCAUGAGUUUGACCAUCCCAUGCUAUAAAUGGGAGUACAUCUUCUCAAAACACCCAAAAGCCCAAGCCAGAUCUGCUGCAUUUUGGAAUUUUCUAGUGAAUAACCGAGAAGUUUCAACAGUGAAUGAGAUCUGGAGCCACAGAGAGCUAAAAGAAAGGCAAAAUAAAAGGCAGCAGGGCAGAGCCAGAAGCUGUUGGAAGCGCUCAGGCUCUGCCUGUAGUAGCCUGUGUCUUGCCAAAGGCCAAAACUUGAAGAGUGAUGGUGAAAGAGCAAUUUCUCACUGUCCUGCCUCUAAUGCAGAGCUGCUCACACAGCUGAGGGAGCAAAAGGAGGUAUAAAAUUGUGCUCCCCAUGAUGAACAUUCCCAAGCUCAAUCAGUGGCACUGGGUGGCUCACACUCAGGAGGCACUAUCACAUAAAAAUCCAUUGAAACUCUCCUUUCUCUCCAGGCAUACCAAAUGUCUCGUCGUUAUCAGCCUUUGCCUGGGACUGAUCUUCCUGUCGGGAUUCUUCCGGAUGAAGAAUAAAGACUACACAAUCUCAAAGGUCCACAAGGAACUGCUGAUCCCUUUCAUGCCUUGCCGUGCCAAGACUAAUGUCAUGUUCCUCAAAACCCACAAGACAGCCAGCAGCACCGUCCUGAACAUCAUGUUCAGGUUCGCAGAGAGGUACAACCUCACCGUCGCGCUGCCAGCUGACCAGCUUGUCCACCUGGGCUACCCAAACACCUUCCUGGCCCACUUUGUGGAGGAAUUCCAAGCCAUAGGACGAAACUAUAACAUCAUGUGCAACCACCUGCGGUUUAACCCCUCCGAGGUGCAAAAGGUGAUGGCAGCAAACACUUUCUACUUCUCCAUCCUGAGGAACCCCAUUCCUCUGCUGGAGUCUUCCUACAUCUACUACAAGGACACUGUCCCUGCCUUCAGGAUCUCCAAGGACGUGAAUGAAUACCUGGCGUCACCCAUGAAGUAUUACUAUCCAGCGGAUUACAAGCGAAACAUCUAUGCCAGGAAUAUCAUGUGGUUUGACUUUGGCUAUGACAACAAUGCAGAGGACAACAAAAAGUACAUUCAGGCAGUCUUGAAGGAGAUUGAACAGAACUUCCACCUGAUCUUGAUAGCAGAAUACUUUGAUGAGUCCAUGAUCCUCUUGAAGCACACUUUGUGCUGGGAUCUGGAUGAUGUGGUUUACUUUAAGCUCAAUUCCAGAAGCCAGGACACUGUCCAGACCUUGACUCCAGAAAGCGAGGAGCAGAUAAAAGCAUGGUGCUCACUAGACUGGAAGCUCUACCUGCACUUCAACCAGAGCUUCUGGAGGAGAAUUGAGGAGACUAUAGGCCUUGAGGAGCUGGAGAAGGAGGUGAGUCGCCUGCGAAUGAGACAGAAGGAGCUCAUGGAGACCUGUCUCUCAGACCAGGAGGCAGUGGGGAAGGAUCACAUCAAGAACAAAGCUCUCCUGCCUUUCCAGUCAGGGGAUGCAAAUAUCCUUGGGUAUAACCUCAAACAAGACUUAGACAACAGGACACUGAGAACCUGCCAGAAAAUGGUAAUGCCAGAGCUCCAGUACACAUCCUAUCUUUACGCUGCCCAACACCCGCACAAGAAGAGGAAGCAGUUAGGCUUGCCCUUGCUGUGGACCACUUUCCAGGAGAAGAUGCAGCCCCCAACUCCCAACUAGGGCAUGUGACAACCCACUGCAGUUUCCCACCCCUUCGCGUCACCCCAUGUCUGGCACAUGACUGGUCCACAAGGCUCUUGCACAAGAGAGAGGCAGGAGAGGGCUUUGUUCAGGGCCACCAAACUGGUGGUGGGUCCCUUUUUGGGGAUGUUGAGCCCAAGGCUCUGCAUUGUCCAGAUCCUGCAUGAUGCCUGUUGCCAGGCAGGGGGACAGCCUGCUGCUGCUGCAUGCCGGGCGGGCUUUCAGCUGGCUUAGACAUUCCUGCCUCUUAAUCAUUAAUCACUUAAUCAUUUUGUUUGCAUUUGACUUUGUUUAAUAGCUGCCAUUUCAUG